UCCGUCACUCGUUAGCUUAGCAUAGACUUGUUAGCAACUUCCUUGUGCUAGCGAACGCUGUGUUUGAAAUCACUUUGUGUUUAUAGUGCGUCAGCCGUUUUGUAGUGUUGUGGGAAUGUUUGGUGAGUGGAGUUUAUCUCCUAUUUACUAAGUAGGGAGUAGUUGAUGAAGCGACUCAGCUCGAGAGUCAACUCUAUAGCCUGCUGUAUACGAAAUAUUAUAUUAGGAUUAGGGAGUAUUUGAUUAAUCGUUUCAGCCCAAGAGUCCACUAUAUAGUGUAUAAAAAAUCAUUAUAAAGAGCCUAGUAAGUAUAUGAGUAAUUGUCAGUUUCAUAGUUCACUAUUUAGAAAUGCCUGUAAAGUGUUUACGGAGUAUUCGAUUAAUUGUUCUAGCCUUAGUGAACUAUACAGUCACCUAUAUAAAAUGGCUAUAUAGUGAAUAAGCAGUAUUUGAUUCAUUGUUUUAGACUGAGCGGAAACUAUAUGGUUAAAAUCCCUAUAUAGUGAAUCUGCCUCACAGUGGUGAGGUUGCGGGUUCAAAUGGGGCCUGGCCUGUGUGGAGUUUGCAUGUUCUCCCCGUGUCUGCGUGGCUUUUCUCCGGGGUACUCCGGUUUCCUCCCACAUCCCAAAAACAUGCGUGCCAGGUUGAUUGAAGACUCUAAAUUGCCCGUAGGUGUGAAUGUGAGUGCAAAUGGUUGUUUGUCUAUAUGUACCCUGCGAUUGGCUGGGGAGCAUUUCAGGGUCUCGCCCAGAGUCAGCUGGGAUGAGCGCCAGCAAGCCGCAACCCGCAUGAAAGAUAAGCGGUUCCGAAAAUUGAUGGAUGGAUAUAUAGUGAAUCAUAAUGUAAGCAUUUUAGCCUUUGAGUCAAAUAUAUAGUCAACUAUGUAAAAUGGUUAUAUAGUCAAUAGGGAGUAUUCGAUGAAUCGUUUCAGGCGAUGGUGUCGCCUACAUUGGCCACUGUAUAAAAAUCCCUCGAUAGUGUUUAGGGAUUGGGAAUGAGUGAAUGAUUCCGAACACAGCGACUGUGCUACUACAAGGCGUUAGCAGGCUAGCUAGCUAGCUGACUAACGUGUCCCUUUCAUCGUCAACAUUUGGACUUUUUCUGGCGUCAACAACACGAACAGGCACACGUAUUGACAAGUGCAGUUUGAUGACACGGAAGAACUCGUCGGGGGACCAUCUUGUUCGUCGUUCGCCACGUCGUCGUAAUGGUCGUCGCGGUGGUCAUCGUGUCGGCCUCAGACCAGAGGGAGUUGAUGCUUCAGGAGUUGUCAUGGCGAAAGUUCCUGCGAGGUCCACCGCGGAUGCGAUGCGGCAGGUGGAGGCCGAGUCUGAUGACAGCGCAGCCGGAGAAGUUCGGCGGCGGUAUACUGACGUAAACCCGCCGCGGGAUGGUGGAAAAGUCGACCAGAGAAGCGUCCGUGUCGUUGACACGCUUGACGGCUGGAGCAGACGGGAGAGGCUGCCAUCACGCAACCAUCGCCACAACGCUCACAAGGAGAGAGGACGCCAACGCGCACACACAGACGCACACUUGCGCAGGGGAGACGUCACAGCUAAAUCUUUCUUGAAAAUGGUUUCCGGUGCGCCAAGAGACAAGUUCCGCGCGGUGUGGCUGGUCUUCUUCAUUCUGGGUUUGGGAACGUUGUUGCCGUGGAACUUCUUCAUGACGGCCACCGCGUACUUCACCGGCCGCCUGAGGGAGUCGACCAACGGGACGGAGGGGGAGGAGCCCCAGCGCGGCGUCCUGGGGGCCAAAUUCAACAACGUGAUGACGUUGUGCGCCAUGUUGCCGCUCCUCAUCUUCACCUGCCUCAACUCCGUCCUGCACUCGCGGAUCGGUGAGGGCGUUCGCGUGGCGGGCAGCCUGGCGCUCAUCCUGGCCAUCUUCCUGUUGACAGCGGUCCUGGUGAAGGUCCGCCUGGAGCCGACGGCGUUCUACUGCGUCACCGUGCUCAGCGUGGUCGCCAUCAACUCGUUCGGCGCCGUGCUGCAGGGAAGUCUCUUCGGGAUGGCGGGCGCCCUCCCGGCCGGCUACACGGCGCCCGUCAUGAGCGGGCAAGGACUCGCCGGGACCUUCGCUGCCUUGGCCAUGAUCUGCGCCAUCGCAAGUGGUUCCAGUCUUGAAGAAUCGUCCUUUGGUUAUUUCAUCAGCGCUUGCGUUGUCAUUUUGGUCUCCAUCAUGUCGUACGCCAUGCUGCCUAAACUGGAGUUUUUCCAGUUUUAUCACCAGAGGAAGGACGGACACGACCACGACGUCAACGUCAACCCGAAUCAGCCGAGUGGACUAUGCCUCCGUACUCUUCCUCUUCUUGGCAGCGCGGAGGGCGGCUCGGCGAGGCGAGCGGGCGUCUCCGUGACGACCGUCUUCAAGAAGAUCUGGGUGCCGGCGGCGUGCGUGUGCGGGACCUUCACCGUCACCAUCGGGACCUUCCCCGCCAUCGCGGCCGACACCAAGUCGACGUUGGCGCGAGGAGGCGCCUGGGACGUGUACUUGGUGCCGGUGUCGUGCUUCCUGCUCUUCAACGCGAGCGACUGGGCGGGGCGGAGCCUGACCGCCUUUUGCACGUGGCCGGGAAAGGACAGCGCCCUCCUCCCCGUGCUGGUGGCAUGUCGCGCGGCGCUGGUUCCCGCCCUGAUGUUGUGCAACGUGCAGCCGCGCCGCCACCUGCCCGUCGUCUUCCGGCACGACGCCUUCUUCGCCGCCUUCAUGCUGGUCUUCGCCUUCACCAACGGCUACCUGGCCAGCCUCGCCAUGUGCUUCGGACCCAAGAAGGUCCAGCCUCACGAGGCGGAGACGGCCGGCUCCGUCAUGGCCUUCUUCCUGUCGCUGGGUCUGGCCUCGGGCGCGGCGCUGUCCUUCGCCUUGCGGGCUCUCGUUUGAGGCGGCGGCGACGUCGGACGGAUGUGAUGUCCUCCCUAACAGCAGAGGGCGCCGUGUCGUAUUUGACUGCAUGUUGAUCUAUUUUUUUUCUUUUUUCUUCCCCCCAUUUUCACCUUUUAAAAAAUGAUAUCUCAAAACAUUUGAUUUGAGAGACUUUAUUCAUUCCUACCAAAAAAACAACAACAAUUGACAUCAUCUGUUGCCAUAGAGAUGCCCUGAGUUGCCCGAGAUGCUAAUUGACGUUAGCGUGAAGAUGCUAACCAGACCGAAAAGAAAGCGUAACGAAGCCGGCCAUCUGCGAGACACAUACGCUAAUUCACACGUGCGCGCAAAUACACGUCAACGCGCAUGCUAACACACACACAAAUGCACAAAACCACAUGCACACACAAGCACGCAAACACACACGACCCCAAAAAACGCACUUGAAGUCGAACACAAACAAAGCGGAACGCGUGUUCUUACGUCACAGGUCCACACGACGGCGAUAAUGUAGCCGCUGUCCCGGAAGACGUCGAAGAUCUGGAUGAUUCCUCGCGAGUAGCCGAACACGGCGAGGUUAAAGGUCAGGUCGUCGGUGGGCUGCAGCGAUGCCCUCUGGCGGUACAAGACGAACAACACCACGCUGUUCCUGAACCACGACGGCCAGCUCGGACGUCGCACGGCGACAACAACAUACCAAAAAUGAUACAAAUCGCCAACAUCGUGAAACUGCAAAAAAAGCAACGUACGUGGCAAAACAACAUUAGAACACGACAGCAACAGCGCACGGAAACCACUAAAUAUUAUAAAAAGAACUCAUACAACAACAUAAAACAGCAAAACAACAUACAUAAACAAAAUCAAAAAGACAACCACAUGACAGCAACAUAUACACAUUUUAAAACGCCAACAUGACAACAACAAAAAAACAGCAACACAUGACAAGAACAUGCUAAGUUCAUAACGUGACAAUGACACGCUAUGGUCAUGACAAUGUCUUUGAUGGUGUUUUUGCGUAGUAUUUGGAGUACAGGUAUGACUGUACCGUAUACGUCCCGUAAACAUCUGUGUGACAAAGUGUUGUCGCCAUCUAUUGGCCUGGCAUACACAUUACAGGACAUUUUGUCAUUUUCCAUUUUUGGUUUCAUUUUGAAUGAACUAAACGAUGUAGUUCAUAAGCAUUUCGCUGCCACGCCAGAAAAAAAGUUCAGCAUUACGUUGUCGCAUGAUAAGUUCACACUUGGUCUUAUUAUACUAUUAUUAUUUUUGCAAUAUUAUAGCAGAGCAGCAUCGUAACGUAGCUAGUAACUUUGAUUCUAGAAGACACGUCCCAAGGACAACGCCAGUGACCUUGACCGGAAGGAUUGACUUCAUUUUGUUUUGCAGAGUUUGAAAGUGAAGCUAAUCACGUGAUAACCUGAUAAUUUAUCUCGUUAAAACGUGAAACUUAUUACCUUUAAAUGUGAAACUUUCUCAUGUU